UUCGUUUCCCCUUUACUCUUUCACACUCUCAGCUCUAUUGUGGAAACAAAGAACUCAACCCUUAAGAUUUCUAAAAAAGUUGCAAACUUUAUAUACCUUCUCGUAACCUCGAAUCAAUCAAUGGGGAAAACCCUAAUCGAAAUCUGUUUGAUAUCAGCAAGAGGACUCCGCGUCGGAACCGGAUUCGGCUCCUCGCUGCUGAAACACCAAUGGUACGCCGUCGGAUGGAUCGAUCCAGAAUCCAAGUAUUGCACGACCAUCGACGCUUCGAGAUCAGACAACCCUCUUUGGAGAACAAAGUUCGCUGCUUUACUCGACGACGGUGAUGAUGAUGAUGAUGAUUCCAAGAUUCAGGCCUUGCACGUUGAGGUUUAUAGCAGAGAACCAAUCUUCUUGAGGAAGAAGCUUCAUGGCUCUGCUACUGUCUCCUUGAAGGAGUUUCUUGCUAAGUAUAAGAAACAGAGUUCGGUUGUUGAGGAAACCGGAAGCUAUCAGCUUAGGAAGGUGAACUCAAGUAAGGCUCAAGGUUUUGUUGAUGUUUCGAUUCGUGUAUCUGCUGAAAGACAAGACUUUGGUGGUUUUACUGGAGAUUUUGGAGGAGUCAUGCUCUCUAACAACUCCGGUUAUAACAACACUUCAGGGCAAAACUACAUGUCCGGUUCAUCGCAGCAUCCCUUUGCUUCAUUGAACCAGCCAAGCAAUCCAAAGCCAUUCUCAGUCCAGCCAGAUAAGCACCACUCCCCAAUGCCUAAUCCUCUAACGAACAACGCUUCCCCACAAAUGCAGCAACCUUACUAUCCUCCUCCUCCACCAAUGCAUCAACCUUACUAUCCUCCUCCACCACCAGCAACUUCUAACGCAGGCUACAUGCCUUCAUACAUACCGAGGUCGGAGAACGCUGUGAACAUUCCAUCAUCAUCAUCAUCUGGAGGAGCAGGAAGAGGGUAUACAAGGCCUGGACCAGGGGGUUCUGCAGGACUGGGAGCUGGUGCAAUAGUUGGAGCUGCUGCAGCUUUCUAUGGCAGGGACUAUCUAUCAGGAGGAUUCGACUUACCUACCAGCUUAUCUCUCCCAAAUGUCUCCAUCCCAAAUAUCUCUCUCCCAAAUGUCUCCAUCCCAAAUGGCUCCAUUUCCAUUGAUCCUCCAUUUUGAGCACACUCCUGACUCCUGAAUAAUAAUAUGAAAAGUGGCUACAACUUGAUCGGCAUGGCUUGUGACUUGUGAGACUUUAUAAGACUAUAUAUGUAAUUGAUAUGAUAAGAGGUCAUUCCAUCAAACUUUCUAGAUGGUGUUGUUUGAACAUUUACAUGAUGUUUAUAAGCAAAACUAAUGGGGGAUGAAUCUUGAUA